UACCCAGGCAGCAGCCGCCGCCGCCGCAGCAGUCAGUGUGACUGUGUAUAGAUAGAGAGAGACAGAGAUAGUACCGCUGAGUUGUGGGUGGCAGUGUCCCAUGUGAGUGCAGCAUGUCCCGGGACAGGGUGCUUCAGCUGGCCCCUGCCUCCCUUGCCCUAGUCCUGUGCAGACUGGAUGGCCCGGGAGAGGAGGUGGAGAGAGGCAGCCACAUCUUCCAGGAUUUUCAGGCUGCAAAUGCGAGGUGCUUCUGGAACAGGAGGCUAGUCCGGGCCGUGUUGGAGGUGUCCUUCCAAGGCUGGCUGGAGAGCUGGGUACUGCUGGUCCAGGGUCAGAGUGCCAGCCUGGAGGUGCUGAGAGAUGCCUGGGUCAGGAGGGCACUGAGACCCCCCAGGGGCUUCCUCAUCACUGCGCUGGGUGAUGUGUCUUCAGUACAGAUGAACCAGGUGUCCCAGUCUCAGUUUAUUCCCCUGGCAGAAGUACUGUGCUGUGCUAUAUCGGAUAUGAACACCGCGCAGACACUAGUGACACAGGAGUCUCUGAUGGAGCACCUGAUAAAGCACUAUCCAGGUAUAGCAACGCCAUCUCAGGAAAUUCUGUAUUCUACUCUCGGAACACUCAUCAAAGAAAGAAAAAUCUACCAUACCGGAGAAGGCUACUUCAUUGUCACUCCACAAACUUACUUUAUCACUAGAAAGCCAGUUCUGCACAGCAAAUGUGGGGCAGUGGAGGAUAUUUCCACCUCUCCCCCAGCCAUCACCUAUAUUGUCAGCAUGGAGAGCUGUGCAGAUCUAACCAAAGUGAAUGCCCCCUCCGUAUCACAUUGUCGGUCUUGCAGCUGCUUCUCUGACACGUCCACACAGAAUAUACUAGGGCAACAGUCCAUUAACGAGAGCAAUGUAAAAGAACACAGGAGCGGCAAGGAAUCCAAACCCUCUGUUCAAAACCAGGCAACAUCCACUUCCCGGGACUAUCAUACAUGUGCUAAAACAAAGACGCAACUGUCAUUAAAAGAAAAAGAAAAGUGUAAUAAGAAAUUUGGCAUCAGUCUAUUCUGGCGGAAUGUUGCUAAGAAGGAGAAAUCAAAGAAAGAGUUGGUGAGCUUCUCUGCACAAUUCCCACCCGAGGAGUGGCCAGUGAGGGAUGAAGACAAUUUGGAUAAUAUCCCACGUGACAUAGAGCAUGAAAUCAUCAAGCGCAUCAAUCCAGUUCUCACUGUUGACAACUUAAUGAAACAUACAAUGCUGAUGCAGAAAGCAGAGGAACAGAAAAAGUACUUUAGUAAAGGUACGUCAACAGAUAUAAUAAAAAAUAAGAGUGGACAUAACCUUAGGGGCAGCAGUAGGAAGAGAAACCGGAUUUCAAAGCACCACAAAAAGGUGCAGUCUAGCAAAGACAAACAUAAAAAGAGCAUUUGUCCUGCAAGAUUAUCUGCUAAAGCAGAGACAGAUGCAGGAAAUAAAUCUUCACAUCAGACAAGUGCGAUGGACAAUUUGCAUAUUCUGGACCACGUAAAUCCUGCUGUUGAAGAUGUUGAUCAACAUGUUAUCUACAAAAAGCAAAUCCAUAACCCUUUUGAGGGUAUUUCCUACAGAGAUAACAAUAACGUCAACGGGCGCAAAACUAUAAAAGAGAUUAAGAAGUCAAAUUUUGUAAAGGACAUAAAAAACAUGCCAAGGUCAAGGUCACUAGAAUGUUCAGGGUCAAAUGCUGCAGCCGAAACGAGACAUUUACAAGCUGAGAGGCCUGUGCAGGAAUAUAAUAAUGAGGAUUUGUUUAAUGAUCAGAUUGUGCCUACUAAUGAUAAAGAUGGUUUGAUAGAGUACCCUCCCAAUUACCCACAAUGCAGCACUCUGAGGAUAGAUGAUAAAUUUAAACAGAUUAAAGAACACAACGCUGUAGUAGGUUUAUCUGGUGAAGACAGAAGUCCUCUGUUUGGUAAUGCUCAAACAAAGAUGUUGGUAAAAUCAGAAGGUACUUGGGAACACGAUGGAGGCAAACCUUAUUCUGUUGGGCCCUAUUGCAACACGGUAAACUCUUCAAAAAGUUUUGCCAAAUCCCACAUUGAUGCGCUGGAGGAAACGGAGUCUGAUCAACAUGACAGUUAUUCCACAAGUGUAAUGAAAGGUAAAGAUUUUCCACAAUAUACAGCAUUUAACAGUUCUUCAAAUGUUGGACUUGCUGAAGAUAAUCGGACAUUUUAUAAAAAGGUAGAAGAUGAUGCUUCAAGUUCCUUCUACUUUGAAGGAGACACAGAUGAACACCUUGGCAUGUGCCAGAACCUUGAAAAACGCAUGCAAAACAUAAAUAUGGAUAUAAUCAAUUGGAAUGAUAUACAUGAAGAAAGCCAUAGUGCAUCAGGAACUUCUCCUCCAAGCCACUGGGAUCCUCACAGGUCCUCUGUACAUCAGUUUACCUCUUCUACCAUCCAAGACGACUAUACUCAGUCUAUUUUUUCUUCAGACAGUUCUCAAAGUUAUACGAGUCCUGCCUUACAUGUGAAGGCCAGUCCGGAACAGCCAUUGUCACAGUAUGUGCUGCACCAUCCAGAAGUGAAGCUUGAUAUUGCUGAAUGUAAUCAAUCCCCAGACCUUGUUGACAGUAGUAUAUUUAACUACUGCACUUCCAGUGACUGUAACUCCAUGGCAGAAACUGUUCAGAUGUCCAUUAAAGGGAGUGCUGAAAAUCAUGUGAAGACAUCUGGGCAACAGUCGGUGGAAAUGAGGACAUGUUACGAACACACACUAAAGUUAUUUAAUGCAAGCAGUAAACCGUCGGAAAUCAAUCAGAAUGAAAAUCACAGCACUACUGGCGACAGUGGAAUUGAAUCCCCCCGAACCCGUAUAAGUCUUGCAUCUAAUAACUCAGUGAUUUUUGAGAAGCUGAAGAAAAGGACAUUUUUGCAGAAUCUAGAAGUCAGUGUCGGUAACAAGAAAGAAGGACUACUUACUACUAAUUCCUUAAUGCAGCUCACCACUGCUAUGAAUGUAUAAGACAUUGCCACAACCCAGUCUUCAAUGUGGCAAUUUUUUUUGUUUUUUUUUAAAUGAGGUUCCGAAGCUAAUUCUAUUUAUACAGCUCUCUUUUCUGAGUUAAACAUUCUUCAUUAGUAAAAUGUGACCUUGCUCCUGCAGUUAUGUUAUACACAUACUAUGAAGAGGACUGGUCUUAAAGCGUUUUUUUUUUUUAACUGCCUUGUCAAAAAUGCAGUAUUUUCCAGCUCUAAAGUGAUUCCCUAAUGAGGAUUUAUACAUGGCUAUAUUACAUUUUUGUAUUGUGAUGGCUACCCUAUGCAUAAAAGGCGAAUUUACAAUAAUACAACAUAAAGGUAGUAUGUCUGAUGGCUGUUGAUCUGUAAAACUAUUUGCAAGCUGUGGAGGAAUUUACAGAGGCUCGUUAGCUGAAGCCUUAUCCUGGCCACUUCUAAGAUUUAAUUGGCAACCUAUUUCACAGUGCUUCAGUUCCCAAGAUGCCAAGACUAAUUCAGGGGGUUGUUGUAGCAGGUGAAAUUAAUUCAAUGUGUUUCUCUUUUGAUCAGUCUCCUGAACGCCGGGACCACGACGGACAGUAUUUUAACAGCAUCCCGUAUAAAACAGGUGCUUUUUAAACCACUAGCACUCUUCCGUUUAGAAAACGUAUAGCUUUCAUAAGAGCUCCGUGCUGGCAGGUUAAGUUGAAGCGUAAUAUGAAUGUAAUACAGCUCAGAAAUCAUUGCUUGCAGCAUACUAUGUACUGUGUGGCAGGGACAAGUGUUCUCCCUUCAUUAUAACCAGUCACCAUUGUAUAAAUGGAGUUUAUAACCCAGUCACCAUAGUAUAAAUGUGCUUUUUCUAUCUGGAAACCUGCUAGCCUUUGAGGGCUCUAUGUGAAAGUAGCCUGAUGGGGAGACACCAUUCUCUGCAUGGUUUGGCUGCGCACAUCAGACUAUGAUGAACCAACACCAUUGAUUUUCCUGCUCAACUAUGGCGUAUGAUGGAAUAUGAUGGUUAUUUUUUCCAAGUGCCUGAGUCCUAACCUUUUGUGUCAAUUUUCUAUUGGACGCUUAAAAAUGAUACAUAUAAAAUGCAUAUUCACUUCUCUUCUGUUAACUGGUUUUUAGUUAGUAUUUUUUAAAGUUAUCUUGCUGUUCUUCAAGUUACAUUAGCAUCACUUGGCAUUUAGCAUACUGCCAUUUUCCAUUCAUUUGAAAGCUUUGACAUUUGCGUAGUGCUAACCUUCCCCCGCCAUCCUUACACAUUUCAAGAAAAUGCCACAAGCAAUUUAUUGUCCUAUGCUUUAAUCCAAAGAGCAAAUACUCCUUUUAAAAAAAAGAAUACUAUUUAUAUUUUUGAUAAAUGUGACAAAGAUCAGGACAAGGUUGUCCAAUCUUUCAGAUAUCAUUGUAUCUUCAUGUAAAUGUUAUGUAUAUAAUCUGUAAGAUAUAUCAUUUGUAUCUCUGGUUUUAUAUUUUAGAUAUGGACUACAAACAUUGUAUUAACAAUAAAAUCAAGUAAAACACACUAGGUAUUGUAACUAUACACAAUA